ACACGUUGUUAAUCAAAUAUUACAACGAUUGUUAUUAUUAUUAUUAUUAUCUGCUUAGAGGCAUGUUGGCGUUUUUGACGUCACACCCCCGAUGACGUAUCCGUAUCCGUGUGAAGAUGGCGGAAGUAGAGGAGUCUAGCAAGCCUUUGUUUGCAGGUUUGUCUGACAUCUCAAUUUCAGAGGACAUCCCAGUGGAGGGAGAUAUAUCUGUGCCUGUGAGCUCACAGAAUGCUGACAAUGAUCUCUCGACGCUGGAUGAGCCUGUCAAAGACACCAUUCUGAGAGAUCUAAGAGCCGUUGGACAGAAGUUUGUCCAUGUGAUGUACCCCAAGAAAAGUUCUGCGCUACUCAGAGACUGGGACUUAUGGGGACCUCUCCUCCUCUGUGUCACUCUGGCCUUAAUGCUGCAGGGUGGAUCUGCUGAUAGUGAGGAGGAUGGCAGACCACAGUUUGCAGAAGUCUUUGUCAUCAUCUGGUUUGGUUCUGUAAUCAUCACCCUCAACUCCAAACUCCUGGGAGGAACUAUAUCAUUUUUCCAGAGUCUAUGUGUGUUGGGGUACUGUAUUCUUCCUCUGACUGUGGCCAUGAUAGUUUGCCGUAUCGUUCUUCUGGGGGGAACGGGCGGCGUAAGUUUUGCUGUCCGUCUUGUAGUUGUCACCGCAUCCUUUGGCUGGUCAACAUUUGCCUCCACAGCAUUUCUCGCAGACAGCCAACCGGCCAAUAGGAAAGCCCUGGUCGUCUAUCCAGUGUUCCUAUUCUACUUUGUGAUUGGCUGGAUGAUCUUGACAUUUUCGACUUCUCAAUAGCAUACAUAUACCCUACAGCAAUUGCAAAAAAUCAACCCUUCCCUUUUAUUAAGACAACCGGAAGACCAUCUGGGAGCUGGCCAGUGAUUGGCCUAGCCUAAAAAGAGGCGGGGCACAUUGAUGGACAUUCAUAAAGGGACAAACAGAGGACAAUAAGGGGAUUAUUGCAUAGAUAUCACUCCUCCCCAUCCCUCAUUCAUUUUUAUAAGAGGAGAGGAAAGGAGUGGAGGACACUAAUUCUUCAGCGCUACUAAUUUAACAACAGCCUACAUGUCUUCAUUAUGUGAAUGUUUUGUUGUGUGAGGAACGUCACUGCCUCUCUGAGCAGUUCCAGAUGUACUCACACCCCUAACACGGAGGCGAACUAUGUUCUGUGUGUCUCGGGUAUGACUUUAUGUGUGGAUGUGCUUACUCAAGCAUAGUAUGUGACUAUGUGAGCGUGCAUGUAUUUGUUUGUGUGUCUGAUUGAACAGUGCCACUGUUGGCUCUGCUGGGAGAAUUAUUCAGCUAUCAUCAGGCUGCACAUUCGCGUCAGUCCCCUCACAUCGCUGCACACAAAAGUUUCUUUUCUUUGGUGUUUUCAUUUUUUUCGGAAUGAUGAUUGCGCUUCAUUAGAUUUAUUUUUUGUCGGUGGAAGUUAAUACAUUCCAAAAUUAAAUAAAAUGGACUUUAUAAGUGCUGCA